GAAGUUGCCAGAACUAACUCUGGGCAACGCAGCCUCCUUCCGGUUUUUCCACGUCCUUGCGAAAAACUUUAUUGACAAAGCUGCCGUGGGACGGACAGUGGGGCCGAAUCUGUGCUGGGUGGCUGCCGAUGGGCUCGAAGCCCGGAGCGAGGCUUUUUGCUCUGUCCUGCAGUGGCCAUUUGACCAUCCUUCCAACCCUUCCCAGCCCCCCACUGGAGCCGCAUCUCUUUCAGAUGACUGCUGAUUCCCCUUCUUCCUUUUCCCCAUCACUUGAACAACGUGAAUGUGCAGGUUUCCUUGGAAAAUGUGGGACACAAGAGUAAGGCUCUCCCGAGACGUGACCCUUGCAGGGCGCCGCGGCCCUGGGCUCCCGCGGCUGGAUUUCACUUGGUGUCUCUGGUCAGCCCAGCAAAAUUCAUGGAACACCUGCUGCCCCCUGGCCACAAGCCAGGGCUCUGGAGAUGCAGGGACCAGCAAUCCAGACACUGUCCCGCCCUCACAAAGCUCAGGUGGCUUCUGGGGUGAGGUCCCACAGGGAUGAGCAGCCACUCUCACAUUUCUGCUUGAAAAGUCGCUCUGAAUUCUUACAGCUUUCUUAACCCUGAACCUGGCUACAAAGCAAGGUGUUUCGUGGUCUGUGUAAGCUGUAAUAGGAACACGAGUUCUUUCCCACCCCUGUCUCCUGGUUCCAGCCACCAGCCUUUCUUCUGUUCCUGAAAUUGCCUGAGCUGGUCAUUCCCCUGUUCUCUCCUCGAGACACUCCUCCUUUCCCAUCAGGUCACAGCCCAAAUGUCAUCUUGGCAAAGAGGUUUUUCUUCACUCGAAUUGUCUUCUUGAUUAAGGUCUUUAUCAUCUGUUACCCCAAUAGAACAAGCUCUUUGAAGACAGAGACCUCACCUGUCAUCUUCUCUCCUGUGUCUGUGCCUAAAAGAGCGCUUAGCUGAAAACAGACAGGUUUGGAGACACUGGUAGAGGGAGAGAGACUGAGAGGAAUAGUUGCGGAGCCAGCAGAGGACCCAGGCAGCUCCUUUCCAGACGUUGGGGACCCUCCGCCUCUCCAGAUGGAAAGGUGAUAUGACCUUAUGGUAGACACCAGAACUGAGGCCCCAGCAUGACAGAACCCGAAACCCUGGCCCUGCUGCAAGUGAAGGGGUCUGAGGCUGUGGAGAAGAGCCUGCCCCAGGCCCUGGUCCCCAAUGGCCAGCAGCCGGAAGAGGAAGGUGGGGCUGAGUCCCACAGAGCUGAGUCCUCCGAGAUGGGGUCUCCAGCUAGAUCUCCUGUGGCUGGAGAGGGGGCUGAGGAUGGUCUCAACAGCACAGUGAGUGAGGCUGCCACCUUGCCAUGGGGGACCGGCCCCCAGCCCAGCGCCCCAUUCCCAGACCCCCCAGGCUGGCGGGACAUCGAGCCAGAGCCACUCCGGUCGGAGCCACCCACCAAGCUAGAGGAGCUGUGCGAAGAUGAUGCCAACUUGCUGCCCGAGAAGGUGGCCCGGGCCUUUGUACCCAUCGACCUGCAGUGCAUCGAGCGGCGGCCCCAGGAGGACUCAGCUGUGCACUGUGAGGCGGGCGAGGGCGAGCGCAGACGGGCCUGCCUGUCCUCCCGGGCUGCUCAGCCUGAGCCCCGCGAGCGCAAGUGGGCUGAGGCCGUGGUGAAGCCGCCUGGCCGCUCCUGCAGGGGCUGCAGGGGCUGCGGGGGCCGGGAGGGGCUGAGAGCCGUGGCCUCCAUGGGGGCCGCCCUUGUCCUCUUUCCCUGCCUGCUGUAUGGGGCCUACACUUUCCUGCCCUUCGACGCUCCUCGGCUGCCUACCAUGAGCUCUCGCCUCAUCUACACGCUGCGCUGCGGGGUCUUUGCCACCUUCCCCAUUAUCCUGGGGCUCCUGGUGUAUGGGCUGAGUCUGCUGUGCUUCUCGGCCCUGCGGCCUUUUGGGGAGCCGCGGCGGGAGGUGGAGAUCCACAGGCGGUAUGUGGCCCAGUCAGUCCAACUCUUCAUCCUGUACUUCUUCAACAUGGCUGUGCUUUCCACCUACCUGCCCCAAGAGACCCUCAAACUGCUCCCUCUGCUCACUGGUCUCUUUGCUGUCUCCCGGCUCAUUUACUGGCUGACCUUUGCCGUGGGCCGCUCCUUCCGAGGCUUUGGCUAUGGCCUCACGUUCCUGCCCCUGCUGGCCAUGCUGGUGUGGAACCUUUACUACAUGUUCCUGGUGGAGCCUGAGCGCAUGCUAACUGCGGCUGAGAGCCGCCUGGACUACCCCGACCAUGCCCGCUCAGCCUCGGAGCACAGGCCAAGGCCCUGGGGCUGAGGCCUCUGCAGCCUCAGCCCAGCCCUGGCACCUCGGGGGAGAAGCUGCACUACUGCCCCGACUGUCCCUGCUCCCCCCGUUGGUGUAGCCCUUCACCUCAGGAGCCCGGGGCCGUCAUGAGAGAGGGACUUUGACUGGUUUCUUGUGGGGAAGGAGAUGGACAGCUAUGUCCCUUCUGCAUGCUGCAGGUAGGGCACCAGGAGCAAGGGCGUGUUUCCUUCCCCAGCAGCCCCAGCACUGCCCCCAGGACCCUGCCCCACCCUCCAGCCUCCUGCAAGGCCUCAAGCGGGCAGAGCUACGGCCAAACUGGCCGUUUCUGUGCCACUGUCUAAGUAGAGGGCCGCAGGGAGAGUGGAAACCUUGCCCAGGCUGAAGAAAAACACUGGGCAUCCGAUCAAUCAGGACUUUCACAUUUGGUGAAAACCUUCUGGAGGGCCUGGGUUCAGGACCCUCCACUGCUGGCCCUUGUGGGACCUUUAGCUUCAGUUCAGAUAAUUAAAGCUGCUCCAGCCCAGA